GGUUUCGCCAGGAAACUCGACAAAGAAGAACGUAAGCCAGGCCUCAGAGCGACAAAGUAACGCCAGCAGCCGGCAGCAGUGGAUAGUGGCCGUGGAGGAUAGCAUGCGUCAUGGGAACGCGGUUACCACACAGACCACUCUCCCGAAAACCCGUCACCAGCGGCCGUAUGGUUGGGAGAAUGGGACCGUAGAGUCGUUGCGGUUGACUCAACUGCCCAGUCCGCCCAGUAAAUUCGCCAGUCUGCCGUACGAUGUUAAGGUGUCCUUCAACUGGAUCCCACCACGAACGAACCCAAGCGCGGUGGAAAAGCACCGGGAAGUACGUCGUCGUUCCUCAGAGGAGUAUCUGGAGGACGAAGGUGGCAGUCAUCAGCGACAGAGCAGUCCCGAUCGCGUCAGCUACUAUUUGAGGAAACAUCACCGUCAGCAGAACGAGAUCAUGAAGUCGAGCAGCGUGGAGGACCGUCUGCUGAUGAACAGGUCGGACAAAGAGUCGAUGCGACGCACUCGCAACGAUUCAGAUUCAAGCGAAGGUCGGUUUUCGAGAAACUCUGAGUCCGAGAGUCGGUCCUCGAUACCACGCUCCAGCUCCGUCAGCGUCGAACGGUUCUCUAUGCGUGCCAACUGCGACUCGUCAGACUUUUCACGCGCCAACUCCACGUCGAACGAGCGUUUCCACUCAGACUUCUCAAUCGCGGUGGCAAGCGCAAGUUCGAACGAUCAUGUGUCCGUGCCGACCUCCGAACCAUUUUCCAUACGCAAUCUCGAUUUUGUUUCGUUUGCGUUGCCGCACGUGGACUCGAGCGAACGUUUCUCCGCGCCUACAUCCGACCGUUGUUCCGAGGAGCGUUACUCCGACCUGUUCUCCACACGUAAUUCCGAUUUCUCCGCACGAAAUUCGGCCGAUUUUAGAACGCAAUCGGAGGAGGAGCGCUUUUCCGAUGACUCCUUGGAAGAAUUACUGCCACCACCGCCACCUAUUAGUAAGAGACACUCUAUUGCGUGGGAAGUUUCUUUGGAGGACGAUCCUCUGUACGCACCCGGCAGCACCAAGGUUGUCGGUAGAAGACGACGAAAGAGCAGCGAUGUAUCAAGUGUAGGUUCCGUGUCGAAGUUGCGCGACUUCGACGACUGGCAAGAUCAGCGACUAUCAACGACUGACGACGAUUUGAUCUCGCCUUAUUCGGAUUCGUCCACGAACGAUCUCGAUCAGAUACGGCCGCAGGAGCUUACGAAAAACGGCACUUAUGUCAUCAGACGCGGUCGCAAGAAAGAGCGCAAAGUUCUACCGAAAACGCCGACCAAGACCAAGAGUCUGUCCUUCGAGAAUGGCGAGAAAGGCAGUCGAUUAUCGGAUGUAAAACGAUACUCGAGCACUUUUGACAAUAUCAAAAGUCUAUUGAAGGAGGGCAAACUGGAGAGUCUGGACGAGCCGUCGGUAAGAUUUAUGAUUCCGGUACCACCGCCGGAUCUUAUCCGAGUCGAGUCGAUGCCGGCGAUCAACAACGAUGCCAGCAAUCGGGCUCAGCUGGAAAUCACCGUAGAAGAGGAAGAGGCAUCCGACAUCUCGGAUAAGGACAAGGAGCGCGACAACAUCGAAUUUUCUCGACUACCAUUGUCGCCAGUCGAGGACGAUCAAAUGAAUCGUUUGGACCAGUCGAGAGACUGCAACGGUUCGACAGCGUCUAAUAUGGCGGAUUUAGAUAUCGGUAGGUUAUCGGCGAACAGUGCACUCGCCGAAACAAUGACAAAGAAGAAACUUACAAGCGCGGUAAGCGAUGAGAGAUUAGCUUCUAAGAUCCCGGUGAACUUGCUGAUUGAGGAUCAGAUUGUGAAAAAGGCGCUCAAAGAAAAUCGCCGGCAACUGGAAAAGGUGAGCGACGCAAUCAAGGAAAUCGAGAACGUAAAGAACAGCGAAUCCUAUUGCGAAAGCAAACUCUGGCAGAACGGUGACCUGAAACAUAAUUCGAAGCGGAACAGUUUCGAGAACGACGGGUUUCCGGUCUACGAUAGUCGGAAACCCGUUACGAUCGAUGGCAGCCCCUAUGAAAGCAGGACGCGCGGUAGGAAGCAGCAGAAGCAGCAACAGAAACAACAGCAGCAACAGCAACAGCAGCAGCAGCAGCAGUACAAUUCUGACUCCGAAACGUCGAAGACUAGCUCGGACGCGGACUUCGAGGAUCGGAGAAAACUGAACGGUGCCACUGAUGUCGUCUAUUCGUCCGGCAGGCGGUUGCGCCAGAAUGGUAUCGAGAAUCAUAAAAACGAUCAGAAGCAGAUCGAGAACGUGAUCGACGCUAUUCUGGAGGAUUCAAAGAAUCCGGAAUUUCAGGUCAAUGUCGAUGUAAUGGAGUUUCCGCCAUUGCCGCCCUCGCCCGUUGAGGAAGCUGAUGAAGAAAGUUGCUCGGAUGUCGGCCAAAACGCCGUGAUGACGCCAUUGAAAUCCAAGGGUCACAGCAGUAGUCGAACUGUAGAGUACAGGCCAAGGGUACCACCCCAUCGUGUUCCAUCGAUCAUCGACCCGAAAGAUAAGGCUUCUUUGAAUACCAGAUCCAUGGAUGCCGGUUUUACCAGGGGGAGACGUACACCGACCACCAAUAAUUCCAGGCGAGAGGUACCUGUAGAACGAAGAACUCUGCCUACCGAUUUACCAGGACCAUCUCGCCGACGACCGUUCACGAAAAGGCACUCGCCAUCAGCGGAGGCGUGCUCUUCCGGAAGCAGCAACAACGGUAGUGGUCUGCAUACCGGUGGCAGCGUCGUUACCAGCACUGGUUCCGGUAUGCAAACAUCAUGUUCCUUACCGGAGACCCCAGUGUUCGCCAGGGGCAGCGAUAUCCCUAGAACACCACAACAUGCUGGCAAUCCUACGCAGUCAAGGCGGCAACCCGGCUGGUAUGCACCUACCACAGCUACCGGCUAUCGACGAAACAAUCCUGGUCUGGAGCAGGCCAUAAUCGGCACUGAGCUUCUCCGACUGGCAGGGGGCCCGAAUCGCGGAUGGUAUCCCACCAGAAAGGCAAAUCAGCCACGGCCGGCGUCAAUCGAACAUCUCGAACGGCUGAACAACGCCUAUGAUGCACGAUUACCGAGCACCGGGGACCAGAGGAAGCCGCUGACUCUACCCACAAACAUCACACCCAACAAAUACUUCGGCCAAAGUAAGCACAGCUCCGCCUCCAGCACUCGUGAGGCGCUACGGAGGGUCACUAGCUUGCUCAUCAAGAAAGGUAAGCGUCGGGGAUUUGCACUGUUAGAAAGAGAAAGUACUACGCCUAAACGUUCAGCGUGUGGCGUAGUUAGAAAACACGACGUUACCAGUAACUUUGAAAUAUUAUGAACCCCGUUUGUGUUCAAGAUAGAUUUCACGGUUCUGGUAUCAGUUUUUUUUUUCGGCAGUACUAUUAUGAAUUUAACGACCAAAUAUACUUUC